ACACCGCAGUGGUCCUGGCAGCAUCCGCACUGAGCCAAAGACUUCGCGCCCUGACCCGGAGGAGCUAACCGCCGCUUGGUGUAUUUGUGCUCGAUCGGAGCGCAAUCCAUCGCUGGCCAGCAAUUGAAUCAUAGCUACACCGCUGGUCAUAUCUUUUGUUACCACGCAGCAGAUACAUUUUGUCAAGCUGCUUUUCGUAUCCUUCACUUCCCUGAGCUGUUUGUUGUUAGCACUAACUGCCGCAGUCUGACGGUAUUCGAGCUCUCUUCGUGUUUAACCGCACUGCGAAAAUUGCUGCGGUAUCGAAGAAAGCCAAAAUGGUGUUUGGAAGGAUCAGAACCGGGCCCGUGGGCCUUGUGGUUCUCGCGACGCUGGCUGGAUUGGCCAUCGUUGCGAUUGCCUCUGCCUCGUCGGUCGUACAAAAUGUGGAGGCCUCAGUGGCCCAAACAGGACGCGUUCUCGCACGCCAAAAUGAAAGAGUCACCCGGGAACUGGCGGAUCCGAAAGGCCGUUUAGAAGAGCGGGAUGAGGAGCUGGAAACUAACGCAGAAGAUCCUGAGGACGAACAGAAUGACCCGACCGAACAUGAGGACAACGAUGCGAAAGACGACACGGCCAACGCGAAAGUUGUCAACGAUGAGGUUGACAGUCCCGAAACAGACGAGACAGACCCGACCGGAGAGGACACAAAGAACGAAGUCAACGAAAAUGACAGUCAGGAUGAAGCGGAAAGCGAGGUGGGAGAGCAAGGGACCAAACAGGCGCAAGCGCACAUCAAAGAGAAGGAAGAACAAAAGAAACAUGAAGAGCAGGAGGAAAAGAAGGAAGCGGAGGAGAAGCAGAGGGAAGCAGAGGACAAACAAAAGGAAGAAGAGGAGAAGAAAAAGGAAGAAGAUGAGAAAAAGCAGCACGAGAAGAAAGAGAAGGCAGCAGAGAAGAAGACGAAGGAGGCGGAGAAGAAGCAGGAGGAAAACGAACAAGUGAAGCAGAAGGCAGAGGAGGAGAAGCGGAAGAAAGAAGACACAGAACAGAAGAAGAAAGAGGAGAAGCAGGAGGAGGGAGGCGACGGGAAACAGCAGGCGGAAGGUGAGGAGAAAUAUGAAAAGCAACAAAAGGAAAAAGAGAAGAAGCAUAAGGACGAAGAGGAGAAACGGGAAGAGGAAGACGGGAAGCAACAGAGGGAGGACGAAGAAAAGAAACAGAAGGAAGAAGAGAAGAAGCACAAAGAAGUAGAGGAGGAGCAGGAGAAAGAAGAGGCGAAACGGAAGGAAGAAGAGGCAAAGAAGAAGGAAGCGGAGGGGAAGCAGGAGAAACAGAAGGAAACAGACGAGGAGCAGGAGGAGGCAGAAGAGCAGAGGGAAGAUGACGAGGAGACGGAGGAUGAGAGGGAGGACAAGGGGGAGGACGCGGAAGAGAAGACGAAGUUUCCGUCCGGCCAUAUAAUAUCAACGAGACCACUACCGGUGACCCACAGGACCCGGACACCUUCCUCUCAAUGGCGGCCAGUAUCCUCUUCUGUGUCGUCCAGCCACCCUAUCCACAGCUCCCACCCGGUCCAAACCAGCUACCCCCUCCAUCUCUCCCCCCCGGUCCAUCCCAGGCAUUCAGUCUAUCCUAGCAGCUCGUGGUAUCCCAGCAGCUCUUGGCACUAUGCGAGAAGGCCAGUAACUACCAUCUCUCAUACAACUGGCGCGCCACUCCAGCAAGUAACAAACAAUCAAGUUCUACCUACCACGUCGUUGCCCUGGUACCCUGUGUCCCACAGCAUCCCAGUGGUGACAACAAGGGCUCCGCAUUCGACAGGGCACUUUGGCGUUCCGGCAGCGCAUUCUUAUUUCCGUGGAUCGUCAGCACCGACCUACGCCGGACACCGAAUAUUAAAGAGAGGUGAUGGGGAAGAGGACUCAGAGGCGGAAACUGCGGAAGAAGACGAGAGUGAUGUACGGGAUAAUGAAGAGGCUGAACUGAAAGAAGCACUCGAAGCAACGGGAGAAGAAGGUAAAGGUGUUGUAGACCAGCUGCGGGAGACGAAGCCUGCUGAGGAGGCGGAGGAGCAUUUGGAAGAAACGAAGGAGACAGCAGACAAAGCAGCCAGUGAUGGCAAGUCACGACUGAAAGAAGCAGUCGACGCAGCCGGAGAAAAAACGGAAGACGUUGUAGACCAAAUACGGAAUUCGAAACCUGCUGAGGAGGCAGAAGAAUUUCUAGAGAAGACAAACAAGACAGCACACGACGCAGCCGGGGAGGGGAAGUCACUGGUGGAAAAAGCACGAGAAAAACUACUCGCGAUCAAGGAAGUAAUUUCUGAAAAGCUCAAGGAUAUUCGCGCUCGCCUGCAGGCUCGCGGCACUCAGGUGAAAGAUUAUUUGAAAGACACUCGUCCACCGGUCACUGAGAGCGCUGAAAAUAUCCGAGACACUGCUACAGACCUUGUCGACCAGUUGAAGGAUUCGUUGUCUGACUACUUCGGCAGCGAGUAAAGAGUGUCGUGAUGUGGUAUUUUUGGUUUCCUUGAUUCUUUGUUUAUCGAAGUGGUGGUCGUAUUGCCUGUCGGACGGCGUAACAACGCAUUUGAAGCCAACAGAAGGCAGCGGCAAGUGGGAUACGUGAAACACCUGUUCAGAAACCGGAGUCACAGCUAUUUAAGAUAAUGUGUGCGUCAU